UACGAAAAACACGUAAACAACUUGGACACCAAUCUUAAUGAUUGUGGAUUAGUAAUUUUAUAAUUACUGUCGUUAGACAAAGUGCAUUCAAUUUCUUGGUAUUUGAAUAACAAAUAGGUUAGCUAAUGACUAUUUGGUCAAAUAUAAGUCGAUUGAUAUGAGUUUAGUUUAUUAUAUCACGUUCAACCCUAGACAAGGAAGGUCAGAGUGAAAAUGGAUUUUAGUUUGUCUGAGAUUUGUGACAUGCUCGCUGAGAAAUUGGAAAAAUAUGGGCAGAAGAGGAAGCUUGAAAUGAUGAGUGCAGCUCUUGCCGAGAAGAAGUUUAAAACCAGUACGCCUUUGAGAACAAGAGUUAAGUUCAAUUUCAAAGUUUCGCCAAUAAAAACAGCUUCACCGACUCCUGCCGUAUAUGCAAGAAAUACUCCAGCGCAAACAAAUACUGUUUUAAAUGACAGUUCUGCACUGGUUGAAACCAGAAACACACCGGUUAGUGCCAGAAAUGGGCCGGUUGAAUCCAGGAACACUGCGGUUGGUGCCAGAAAUGAGCCGGUUGAUGCUGCAAAUAGUCCCGUUGGUGCCAGAAAAAGCCCGGUUAGUGCCAGAAAUACUUUCGGCAGUGCCAGGACUACUCCACGUGUUCAAAAUCCGCCUAUGCGACCAACUCCAAGUAAAAUUCGCGGCAGAUUCUCUGUUCGUCCCAGAGCGCUGGUCUUCGAAGAUUCCGAUGAAGAAAUUAACGGCGAUGUUUGAAGAUAUUGAAGCAUAUCCUCAAGAGGUCUGUGAGUAAUUUUACAUGUAAUAGUGCCCUUACGCCACUAUAGACUCCAAGGUAAUUCUUGAAGUUUCUUGAUGUUUGUUCACCCCCGCUCAUUCCCCGCG